AUGAUUAUAAAAAAAGUAGCUGAAUCAAAAUUCAACGAUUCAGUUUUCGACACGAAGGCUUUCGGAAGUGAAUUUUCUGAUCACAUGUUAAUCGCUCAUUACAAAGAUGGUAAAUGGAGCGAGCCAGAAAUUAGACCUUAUGGACCUAUUUCUUUAACUCCUGCAGCAAUGUCUUUCCACUACGGACAAACUAUUUUUGAAGGAAUGAAAGCUUAUAAAAAUGAAAAUGAUGAAGUUUUUAUUUUCCGUCCAGAAAAAAACUUUGAGCGUUUUAAUUUAUCAGCUUCUCGCCUUAAUAUGCCAGAAGUUCCUAAAGAAAUUUUUAUUGAUGGUUUAAAAACUAUCGUUGAUAUCGAUCGCCAGUGGGUUCCUAAAAACUAUGGUACAUCUCUUUACAUUCGUCCAGUAAUGUUCGCUACAGAAGAAACUGUUUCUGCUAGAGCUGCUAACGAAUAUAUUUUUGCUAUUUUAUUAGCUUAUGCACCUAGUUAUUAUGAAAAACCAUUAUCUGUAAAAAUUGCAGAUUUUUAUAGUCGUGCUGCACAAGGUGGUGUUGGUUUCGCUAAAUGUGGUGGAAACUACGCUGCAUCUUUUUUCCCAGCUGCAGAAGUACAAAAAGAAGGAUAUGACCAAAUUAUUUGGACAGAUUCUAUUAGUCACAAAUAUAUUGAAGAAGCAGGUACAAUGAACGUAAUGGUUCGUAUCGGAAAUAAAUUAUUAACAGCUCCUACUUCUGAAAGAAUUUUAAAUGGUGUUACACGUGAUUCUGUUUUAACUUUAGCAAAAGACGCUGGAUACGAUGUUGAAAUUCGUCCUGUAGAAGUACAAGAAUUAUACGAUGCUUACAAAUCUGGAGAAUUAAAAGAAGUUUUCGGAUGUGGAACAGCAGUAGUUAUUACACAAUAUAACGCAAUUGGUUUUGGUGAUGAAAGAGCUCAAUUAGCAGAUUUACCAGAAGAAGAAUCUUUUGCUUUAUCAUUAAAAAGAAAUUAA